AUGAGCACAUGUCUGGAAUCUGCAACACUAGGCACCACAACUCUUGGAAAUGAGACGGAUCGCCUGGCGCUUCUCAACUUCAAGAAAAGAAUCACUGAAGAUCCUCUCCAUGUCAUGAGCUCGUGGAAUGAUUCCAUCGAUUUCUGCAGUUGGGUUGGCGUUACAUGCAACCGCGCCACCAAAAGGGUUGUGAUUCUGAAUCUCAUGUCUCAAAAAUUGGUAGGCUCCUUACCGCCCUCUAUAGGCAAUCUUACUCAUCUUACUGGAAUCAACCUGAUGGAGAACAACUUUAGUGGUGAAAUUCCUGGAGAAAUGGGUCGUCUACGAAGCUUGCAACAUCUCAACCUGUCUUACAAUUCAUUUGGCGGGAAAAUUCCAGCAAACAUAUCUUAUUGUACUCAACUUAGAACGCUCCGUCUAUCUGUCAAUCAGCUUAUUGGUUCGAUCCCGGACCAGCUCAGUUCUCUGUUGAAUUUGAAUUUUCUACUGCUUGAUGGUAACAAUCUCAGUGGAACAAUCCCAGGUUGGAUAGGAAACUUUUCAUCUUUGAGAAGUCUCUUUCUUUCCCGAAAUAAUUUUCAAGGGAACAUACCCAUUGAACUGGGGCAUCUAACAGUCUUGCAGAAUUUCUCGCUUGGGGAGAAUAAUUUGUCUGGUAUGGUCCCUUCUUCUAUCUAUAACAUUUCUUCCCUGUACAUUUUCAGUGUUGUUGGCAACCAUAUGCAUGGAGAGUUACCACCAAAUGUCGGCGUUACUCUUCCUAAUCUCCAAGCAUUUUACUGUGGUGCCAACAACUUCACAGGACCUAUUCCUGCAUCAUUCUCAAAUGCUUCUGGACUUCAGAUCCUCGAUUUUGCGAUUAAUCGUUUCUCUGGACCAUUCCCUGCUGAAAAUCUUGGAAGCUUGAGGAGCUUGGUUAAAAUAAACUUUGGUCGCAAUCGACUGGGAAGUGGGGAGAAUGGCGACUUGAAUUCUAUCAGCUUCUUGACUAAUUGUACUAAGUUGAAGCUGCUGGGGCUUGACAAUAAUCAGUUUGGAGGAGAACUGCCGGGAUCUAUAGCCAAUCUUUCCACUCAACUGACUCUUCUUACUUUCGGAAGCAAUUUGAUAUAUGGAAGCAUCCCCAACGGUCUUGAACAUCUUCUGAACUUGACCGGUCUGGGAGUAGAAGAUAACUACUUGGGUGGUAGUGUCCCUGAUGGCAUUGGGAAGCUCCAGAAGUUACAGAUACUAGCUUUGGAUUACAACCAAUUUUCGGGGCCAAUCCCGCCCAUGCUUGGCAACUUGACUUCAGCUAUAACAAUCUACAUCAACGAGAACAGGUUCAACGGCAAAAUACCUCCAAGUCUUGGGAAUUGUCAAAAUCUCAUAUUACUUGACCUUUCUAGUAACAAUUUAACGGGCACCAUACCUAAAGAGAUUCUUGGGCUUUCGUCCCUUUCAAUCUAUUUGGACAUGUCUAACAACUUUUUGACAGGUUCACUACCAUCUGAAGUGGGUCAUUUGGUAAAUCUCGCGGAACUAAGUGCAUCAGGAAACAAGUUAUCAGGUGAAAUCCCAAUAACCCUUGGUAGUUGUGCUACUUUGCUGGUACUGAAUUUGGGUAGUAAUGAAUUUCAAGGAACAAUUCCUCAAUCUCUUGAGAAUUUAAGAGGCUUGGAAGAAAUUGAUCUUUCAGGAAAUAACUUGUCAGGGCAUAUUCCUCAAUUUCUAGGCAAGUUGACCUUUCUCAAGCAUCUCAAUCUUUCUCACAACGAUUUUGAGGGCGAAUUGCCCAAAGAAGGGGUUUUUCUAAAUACAAGUGGUCUCUCAAUUCUCGGAAAUGAUAAACUUUGUGGUGGCAUCUCGCAAUUGCAUCUACCUAUAUGCCUAAAAAAAAAAACUCAAUCAUCUAGAGGAAUACUUGCCCCCAAAGUAAUCAUUCCUGUAGCUUGUGCACUUGCAUUCAUAUGUACUCUGUCCUGCUUCAUUGUUGGUCGUUCAAUGCUGAAAAAAUCAAAAGCUGUACUUGUAACUUCACCUUCUUAUAAGGAUUGGAAAUCAGUAUCUUACUUUGAACUCGUUGAAUCAACUAAUGGGUUCUCGGUGGAUAAUCUGAUUGGUUCAGGAAGUUUUGGUUCCGUAUACAAAGGAGUACUUCCUAGUGAUGGAACUAUAGUUGCAGUUAAGGUAUUAAACCUUCAACAACCAGGAGCUUUCAAGAGUUUCAUACAGGAAUGCAAAACUUUAAGUAGUAUAAAGCACCGUAAUCUUCUGAAAAUUAUAACUGUCUGUUCAAGCAUUGACAAUCGUGGUAAUGACUUCAAAAGUCUAGUUUUCGAGUACAUGGUAAAUGGAAGUCUAGACAUGUGGCUGCAUCCAAAAGAUAAUGAGGAAUCUGAAAGUAAGAGGUUAAGCCUUAUCCAAAGACUGAAUAUUGCGAUUGAUGUUGCUUCUGCAUUGGACUAUCUCCACCACCAUUCCGAAGCUUCAAUUGUUCAUUGUGAUAUGAAGCCAAGCAACGUUCUUCUUGAUGAAGAUGUGGUAGCUCAUAUUGGUGACUUCGGUUUAGCACGGUUCUUGUUGGAAGCAUCGGACAAUCCCUCUCAAAGUCAAACCAUGUCAGCUGGGUUAAGGGGUUCCAUCGGCUACAUUCCUCCAGAGUAUGGCAUGGGAGGCCAAGUCUCGACACUGGGAGAUGUGUAUAGCUUUGGAGUAUUGCUGCUAGAAAUGUUCACAGGGAAAAGACCUACGGACGACAUGUUUGGAGAUCAUCUAAGCAUUCUCCAAUUCACAGCAAUGGCAAUGCCUGACCAUGUCAUGGACAUAGUUGACCCUUCAUUAUUGGUCAUUGAAAGAGAAGAUGCAGAUACUACCGAUGAUGACAGCAACGACAAUGACGUACAAGAAAAUGAAUUACAAAACAUCAAGAUUGCAGCCUGGUCCAAUGAAGAAGCUUGGAGAAAUGUUUUGGUUUCAGUGAUACAGAUUGGACUGUCUUGCACUGCAAUAUCCCCAGAAGAGCGGAUGCAUAUGAAUGUAGUUGUCAACAAAAUGAAUAGAAUACGAGACUCAUAUCUGAACUUAGAAUGAGAAGAAACGGGAGCUGGCAACAUACAAAAUGAAAUGGAAUACGAAACUCAUAUCUAAACUCAAUCUAUAGGUUCAUAUUAAGCAAGAAUUCAUUUGAAUAAUAGAUGUUAUAUGUAUUAUUGUGUGUGAUAACUUGUAAGCUUGAAAUAAUAUAGCAGAACAAGUGAAGGAUUUUUCGUUAUCCCCCGCAUUUGUUUUGGUUUACUGAAGGGCAACUGAUACACUAUACUUCUCUGUUUAAUAUUUUGUUGAAAUAGUUUUG